AAGACCUCGGACACUAGCCGUCCCAAUGCCUGUUGGAAAUAGCUUCUGGCCUGCAACAGUGUGGGAUUUUCCACUGCUAAGGCCAUGCUGGUGUGCUGUGUCAUGGGCUGGAACAGCCUCUGCUUAUACUGCAUGAAGAAAUCACAGCAGUACUGAGCCCUAUUCCACAGGCUGCCUGAAACAGCCUCUGGCCACCAUGGGAGCAGCACAGGCUAAGGGGUUUGGUGAGCAAAUGGGUCCCCACAGCCGUGCAUCCUUUCAUCAUACCAUUCCCCAUCCCUGUGCAGGGAAGUCUCACGUUUUCAGGCUGUGUUUUCUCCUUCUCCCAUUGUCCUCUCCAGCUACACAGGAAAUAGAAGACCAGCUAUUUCCUUGCUGCUUUUGUUCAGCUGAGCCCGCAGCCCUUCCUCCCCAGCAAAGAACUUCCUGCAGCCCAGAAAACCCCUAUAAACCCAGUGCCCCGAGGUUCACUGGCCAAACUUCACCGUUUCCAUUUCCCAGUCAAUCAUUCUCCACUGCAUGCUCUACUGAAGGCAGCUUUGCAGAGGUCAGCCUUAGGCUUAUAAACUGUUUGCUGAUCUGAGACAGUGGUGUUGGGAGAAGGGACAGGUCUGGGAAGGCAGGGAAGGUCUCCUUUCUUUCUCACUCCAUCCCCGGAGACGAGAAAGCCACGUUAUGAUCCAGCAACAUCUGAGACAGCUCCUGCCAGAGAGGGAGGUGCAUCCUUCUGCUGCCUUCGCCCUGCUCUGUGGCUCGGCAGCAGCCGUGGUGGUCUGGAAAUGGCUGGGCAAAAGGCAGAUCCAGAAGAGAAUGGAAGAGGCGCGGAGGACCCGGGAUGAGGGUGUGAAGAAAAUGGCAAAGGCCGCCCAGCAGUUCAGGGAGCAGGUCCCCAGUGUCCAAACAGAUGCCAUCCUGUCCCUGCCCCUGCUGGAACUCACUGGGAGACUGCGGGAAGGGUCUUUGUCCCCCAAGACUGUCCUCUACACCUACAUAGAGAAGGCCCUGGAGGUGACCCAGCAGACAAACUGCUUGCAAUAUUUCAUCCCAGAGUGUGAGGAGCAGCUCCAGGAAAUACAACAGCAGAGGGAGAAAGGGCUGCUCUAUGGCAUCCCCGUCAGCAUCAAGGACCACAUCGGCCACAAGGGGCAUCUGUCGACCUGUGGGCUUGCGCAGUGCCUGGGCACUGUGGUGCAGGAGGACAGCGUCCUAGUCAAGGUUUUGAAGAGCCAGGGGGCCAUCCCCUUUGCAGUGACCAACGUGCCACAAUCCCUCUUCAACUAUGACUGCAGCAAUCCCAUCUUCGGGCAGACCCUGAACCCCUUCAACCACCACAAGAGCCCCGGGGGCUCCUCGGGAGGGGAGGGAGCUCUGAUCGCAGGGGGAGGCUCCAUCCUGGGCAUCGGCUCGGACAUCGGCGGCAGCAUCCGCCUGCCCUCCAGCUUCUGCGGGCUGCGUGGGCUCAAACCCACGGCUGGAAGGCUCAGCCUGUCUGGAGUGAGUGGCGCAUUCAGUGGGAUCCUGGCAGUUCCUUGUGCUCUGGGGCCGAUGGCAAGGGAUGUGGACAGCCUGGCCCUCUGCAUGAAGGCACUGCUCUGUGAGGAGAUGUUCCGGCUGGACCCCACCGUGCCCCCCAUCCCCUUCAAUGAGGAUGUGUACUCCAGCUGCGCUCCUCUGCGGGUCGGGUACUACGACACAGACGGCUACUUCCCGCUGCCCCCUUGCAUGCGGCGUGCAGUGCAGGACACCAGGAGGGCUCUGCAGGCAGCUGGGCACCAGCUGGUGCCCUUUUCUCCACCUCGGAUCCACUAUGUCAUGAAUGAACUCUUUCUGAAGACCUUUUUUGCCGAUGGAGGCCGUGCUUGGUUGGACUUGUUCACAGGAGAUACCAUAGAUCCAAGCUUGAAACCCCAGGUGAAUUGCUGCAGGAUCCCAAGGCUGGGGAAGAAGCUGCUGGCUCUGAUUCUUAAACCUCUGUUCCCCCGCCUGGCUGACUAUCUGAGUGCCUUGAGUGGAAUGAGCUCGCUGAAGGAGACGUGGCAUCAUCAACAUCAAAUAGAGGUGUACCGCACUGAGUUCAUCGCACGGUGGAGGGAACUGGGGCUGGAUGUUGUGCUGUGCCCUGUCCUGGGGCCUGCCUUCACCACGGGAUACCCUGGGAAACUCCUCACUGCCAUCUCCUCCACAAUGCUGUACAAUGUCUUGAACUUCCCUGCUGGGGUCGUACCCGUCAGCACGGUGACAGAAGCUGAUGAGGAAGAGCUAAAGCUUUACCAAGGAUACAGCAAUGACCCCUGGGACCAGAUGCUGAAACAGAAGCAGGGUGAUGCUGAGAGCAAAGGAUUACAAAAGCUGAACAGUAUAGUCUUGUUGACACUGGAGUGACUUCCUAUGGCUAUAACUAUGGCUGCCUCGUAAGGAACACAACCAUGUGUACCCUCCCCAUCACUGUAUUUUGCACACAAAAAUAAAGAUGUAGCUAUUAAGCAACUCUUAUUAAUAAACUCCAGUAAUUGUUCA